GAGUGGGACAGUUGUCACCGAGACCCUCCACCAAAGUGUGUCCACUGGCUGGAGACGUGGCAGCGCCACGGGUCAUAUGAUUUUUCUUUUUUUUUUUUUUUUUUGGUUUUUACACGAACCCCACCCCGUUAUUGCCCACCCUGAAAAGAUUUUUGUUAUAGUCGCUCGCUAGUCAUGUCAGUGUAAAAUGUCCGUUUAAACAUCUGCAUAUUCAGCAUAAAUCUUUCAAAAUGCCCCUUCCAUAACUCAGCACAAAUACUAGAGUCUGGUUUUUGGUGGCGGUGACCACCCAAAACAGUGCCAUUUUUAGACGUUUACUGCUGACGUUUACAGAGGCUUCAAAUAGCUUCCGUUUUACACUGGUAGUGAUUGGACUGUCCUGUACUAGAGUGAGCUAACAUACUGGUUGAACAAGUCCGACAUUCUUCACUUCAAUGGAGGAACAGCCCAAAGAUCGGGCACAAGACAGGCAAUAUCACCAUCACGGAGAGGACAGAAACUCUAACCAACAUACAGCUUGUCUGAAAAAUGAUCAGAGCCACUUCCAGUGCCAGCUUCAGGAAACGCAGACGAAGAAAACAGGCAAUAAGAAAGUAGUCAACAGUGACGUGGAGGGGGAGAAGAAUCAACAUCUGUCUGAUACUGUUGGUAUGUCGCAUCCCCCCAACAGCAAUGGAAACAGACACUUAAGUAAUACAAAUGUGAAGCAGAAGACGACACAAAAGCUGUACACUACUGUUCCGAAAGUGAGCAGCAAAGGGUUGGACCAUAAGAAGAAUAUGGACCUUAAAAAUGACAAAGAAAAGACCUUGGAUUUGAUUCAUCACGAGGGACAACCUUUGGAUAAGAAAGACUCUGCGUUGCUUCAGAAUGGCAUUGUAAACUGUGGCUUAAUUACAAAUGGCUAUUCUAGUAAGGACAAUGAUGGCAGCGGCUCUGAAGGUGGAUAUACUACUCCGAAGAAACGCAAGACCAGAUGUAACAAUGCCAAGAACACUGAAAUUGUAAUAAGAGAAAAGGACAUGCAGCAGGGCAACACUACACAAGAGAUCGGGGCUUUUAAUCUUGAAGCAACUGAGAAAGGAAUGGCCUCCAGACUUGAUGGCUUUAGAGCCAAAGCAGAAGCUCAGUCAGCAGCUCGACGGGCUGCUGUGUCAGAAGCUUCUAUGGGCGAAUCUCAGAGGAAAAAUUCUGAUGGCAAAACAGUUGGCACCUUUGGUAAAAAAUCAGAGGAAAGGCACAAAGGCAAACUUUCCUCACCUUCAAAAGAGGACUCAUGGACUUUGUUCAAGCCCCCUCCUGCCUUUCCUGUGGACAAUAGCAGUGCUAAAAUUGUUCCCAAGAUCAGUUAUGCAAGUAAAGUAAAAGAGAACCUCAAUAAAGUAGCUCAAGGUGGAGGAGAGGCACUGCCUCCUCCUGUCAGACUGUCACAGGUCCCUAUGUCUGCUAUGAAAACUAUCACCUCAGCUAGCUUUACUAAUGGUCCUGUUUCUGGAAAUGGAAACGGCUGCCCAUCAGUGGGUACCUUCUUUGCUCCUGCUGCUAGUAGUAUUCCACCAGCCCCAUCUAUCCCAAGUGGCGAGAAUGUAGCAUCCCCUCUGGAAAGUAACUGUAGCUCUUCAACCAGUCCUGUGGAUGGAGAAGCAUAUGAGCAUAGAAAGUGUACUCUAUUAAUUUACCCUUUAAAUAUGCAACCUGUGCUCCCUAGUGCUCGUCACCUAGACCCACCGGCUGCUCAGACAAAUCAGAAAGCCCUGGGAGACAUCUUCCAGAAUCAGUGGGGGCUUUCCUUCAUCAAUGAGCCCAACUUAGUGCCGGAAGGAGGAAGUGGGCAGGUGCCUGCAGAGGACAAGACUACUGUGGUCACAUCUCAAAGCGAGUGUCAGGCUGUUGCAGUCAAGGCUGUCCAGCCCUGCUUUGACAUUAGCCCGUCGUUCUUAGAGCCGGGCACUUUUGCUCAAGACCCAGAGAAAAGGACUUGUGCCCCCUGCAGUGUGUCUAAUGUUUAUCCUCCUGCUUGUGUGAUGGGCGAGGAGGAGAACAAGCUGCAGCCAUGUGGCCAGGAAAAGGCUAAGGGUGCAGGUUCUGCUGUGUUGGCCCCCAGUAAAGACAACGGUGCUAAGCCUGCACAGGGACAGAUACCCACUUUGUUUUUUGGCUCGCCUAAAGAGCAGGCCCACUCUAAAGACAUUGGCAGGAGGUGUAGCUGGGGAUCCUUUGACGUUAAAGCUGCUGUCACUUAUCACACUAAAGAAAUGGAAUACAUUUUCAACUUGCAAAAACAAGAUCCAAAAAGAGUAGUGGUUUAUGAUGAGACCAAGGAUGGACCUGAUCAGUGAGGUAGAUGGUCUACAGUACUUACCUUCUUCUCCUCUGGGUGCUGCAGUUAUCUACCUUGGAAAUCACACAUCCUGUCGGAUAGAUAAAGUGACAACUGUGAAAACAUUGAUAGUUUAGCAUGACAGAUUUUCCUUGGAAAACCUUGGGUGGAACGAGACACUUAUUUUGGGGACAUCAGACAAACGUGCACACAAACACUCUCUGGAUGGACGUUAAGGGAGUUGAUUGGUGCCUCUCCUACUCGCUGAAUGGACACUCGCAACUUUGACCUGUGCUAGACAUUUGUCUAAUGACUAUUGUCAUGGAGUUCAACAAAGGAUGGUGUCAUGGACUGCACCUCCCUAAGCCUUUAUCCUGUUAAACUGCGGCAGCCGUCAGUCUGACUGUGGGAUGCCUCUGUCAUUUUCUUUCUUCACGCAUUCAAAUGAGUUCAUUGUAGAUAUGUUUAGACGUUAUACAUACACAUCCGUGUGCAAGCUUGAAUUCAUUGUAUAUGAAAGGAGAGGACAAUUUGCAAAGAAUGCCUUGAAGUUAUGGAUCAAAGGUGUUUGGAGUCCUGUUAAACUGUAAGUUAAGUGGAAGCUCAUAGGUGAGGCCCCAUCCAGGAGGGAAGGGACAACCUUGUCUUAAAUCCUUUAGGGAAAAAUCAGAGCCCAGAAUUGAAAUGCGCGCUUUUUCUUUUUAUGCUGUUUCAUCUUGACGCGAGUGUUGUCUGAACUGCAGUUGAUGCCAGAGCACAGGUACAGAAGUGCCCACUUCGAAGGAAGGCCACGCCCCUUCAUUUCACUGUAAGUUUAAGAACCAGGUCUCUGUUAAAUUCUAAAUGGUCUUUAGAAGCUCUUUAUACAUUUCAGUCAGAUGGUUAUGAGGUCAUAACAGACUCUUACUAAACUCACAUUCAUGUACCAGGCUCAUAUGAGUUGUGAGUUUAGGAAUAGGAAGCUGGGCAACAAACCUUCAUGAUGUUCCUUCCAUUAAGGUCUUCUGUGUUUUGUGCUCCUUGUUCAGCAGCAAGACUCAGGAUGUCUACAGAUUAUUUUGCCUGCAUUUCUGUUCAGUUCCCCGUGUCACGAGGAUUUUACAACGUUGAUUUUUAUUUAGACUCAGCAUUUGGUCUUUACUUUUCUGCCUUAUGGCAUUGUAUUUCCUGCAUGUUUACUGGUGGAAAUGAAUGAGUCAGAGGUCACCGUUCAUGGCCACACGAAGAUAACAGUAAGACAACAAUUGCAAUACUAAUCUAGGUUCCCCCAACUAGCCACUUUGUCAGACUGUGUUAAAAUGUGAAGAUGAGUUGUAUUUUUAUGUUUUACUGUGGAUAACAUUAUUACGUUUGCAAACCAGUGUGCAAUAACACCGUGUGAGAUACGGAGCUACGGAAUCAUCGCCGCGUGGCUCACAAUUCAGUUCCGUUUGUUCAAAGUGUUUCAAGGUGCGUGUUCAGUUUGUUGCACAGAUUCUUCUUCUAAAAGAGUUCGCGUUGGAAGUCUCGGGAGCCCAUAUUUGCUAACUGGUCCGCGCCGACAUCCCUUUUUCUCACCAUCUCCAAAUCAGGAUUGGUUUAUUCAAAUAACUAAAGGAACUGUCCAGGUUCUUUUUCUGUAGAUUUGGUUAAUGUGUGGAUUAAUAGCACUUUAUGUAAACUAAUUACUUUUAUCUUAUAAUUACUAGAAAAAAAAAAUCUAUAUGUACUGAUGAGAAAUACUCCUUGAAAGAAUGGCUCUGGGCUGUUACUUUUCAGAAAAAAUACAGAAUUAUUAAAUGUAACUCAGGUAGUGUUGAUAAAGCCAUGACUGUGUUCAAUAUUGUUUUUGCCAAACUGCCCCUGUCAUGUAAUGUUCUCGCAUUGGAAAUGUUGAAUUGGAGUUGUGCUCUAUAUAUAUAUAUAUAUAUAUAUAUACACACAUAUAUAUAUAUACACACACAUAUAUAUAUGAGAGAGGGAGAGAGUCCAAUAUGUUAUGACAGCACACCAAAUAAUAGAGUAGAAGUGUCAUGGCGUGCAAGGUGUUGUCAUGGAUCAUUUUGGGCUCUAAAAUGUUUUUUUGUUUAUUUCCCCUGUUUUUUUGUUUCGUUUCGUUUGUUUGUUUUAAUUUGAAAAGAAGCACAUGGCUCCGUGUGUUUUAUGUACAUCAGACAGUAAUCUUUAAUUUUCUCCACGUGUUAUCACGAAGCACCUCUUGAUUGAUUAAUGCUGAACAUCGUCGGUGCUUCUGCGGGGUAGUCAUAAGCUUUCAAGAACACUUCUUUCCACUGUGUCCUGAUUAGAAAGCGCUGCGGCUCGUGUGCGGAGAGGGGAAAGUCGUAACUGCGGCCGCGUUCUUCUAACAAGUCGUCUUGACAUUUAACUUCCGCGUCUAAUUGCAGUCACUUCUCUGCUAUUUUAGAACUCUUUGUUUUGGCUUCCGUGUGAUGGAUGUGUGUACCGUCGGAUGCUGCCCUCUGAAUUUUGUCGGAUCCGGUCAGUUGAGGAGACAUUACCCAUUAGUGUUUAUACUUACUUAUGUUGUUGUAUGCUUCUGGAAAUUUAUAUUUAAUUCGACAUAAAGUUACAAACACACACACACACACAUGCACACACAAAAACGCAAUUUCAGUUCUUCUGAUUGCCUGUAAUUCAUAGACAAAGUGAUAUGAAACCAUACGGUUAAUGCCAAAUUAUUGAGGCUGAAUCCGUGGACAGCAAUGCAUCUAAAGGGUUCUAAAUGUAAAACAGGGUGAUCAAAUUGUAUGUGAUAUUAUUGUAGUCUUACAAUUUUAUAAUAUUUUUUUUGUCUUGUGUUUUUGAGGGGAUAGUCCCGGUACAGGGGAAUCAGAAUCUUCUGGCUGCCCGCCCCGAGGCUCCUCUUUUUUAAGCACUUAAUACAGCAACAAGGCUAUGCUGAGUAUGCAUUUAGUCAUAGAGCUAUUAGCUAUUAUUUAGCAUUGUAGCCUGCAAACCAAAAACAGGUUCUUGAAGCCGAGUAGAUGGUUAAUCAGUGAUAUUGUUUCGGUGGAGGAGGGGGAUGACUGACUGUUGGUGUGUUUAGAUGGAAAAGCCUGACUGUGUGGAGUUUAUAUUUUCCACCUCCUCAGGAUGUGCAAUCACCUCAAGGAUGCUGAUGCUCGCUUCCAGGUUGCAACUUGUUUGUUGGGUGUGUGCAUAGCAAGUUCUUCCUAUUAUAUGCAAGUCCUCGUAUAUUUCAUACCACCCCCCCUCGUCCCUCAUGUUGUUUCAUAUUCAGGUGCCUGUGUGGGAUUUUUUUUUUUUUUUUUUUUUUUUUUUUUUUUUAUAAACUUUUACAGCAAUUUUGAUUGUUUCAAAUCUGCUUCCAACAUAUAUCCGUGCCAUUUUUUUCAGUAACAUUUGCAAUGCUGUUUAAGUAUUCUUACGGAUAACCCUAAUUUUCUUCCUUUAAGCGACACGUGGACGCGGCUGAAAGCGAGGAGCAUUUUUAACGUGAUUUAUUUUGUUUUGUUUUUUAUUUUCAUGGUUUGUGUUCGGGAAUUGCGUGACGCAAAGGCAAAAUGUGUUUGAAUGGAUGCGAAUGACGAACAACUGCUUGCUGGCGUAUUACUCAUGCCAGUCCUUUGUCAUGUUAUUGUCUGAAGUAGCACAUAAUUCGUUUGAACUGAUUUAACAGAUUAAUCCUUUAACAUGUGUUUUUAUUUUUGAGUUAUAACCUAAUUUAUCCAUAGAUGCACACGUAGGAUGAGACUAAAAGGAAUAAAUGAUGCAGAAAAAUCAAGACUUCUCAUUUUUGAUGAGCUUUAGAUGUUUUAGCUGUUGAUUAAGGCUGAUGUAGGUCUGUCCCCUCCCCCCAAUAGCACCAAUGUUAAUAUAUUUGAAGUUACUCUUUUCCAUCAGUUUUUUUUUUUUUUUUAAACACAAGUGAAAGGAUUUCUUCAGAUAGUUGUGAUGAGCAUGGAACCACGCAGCAUCCAGAGUUCCUCUUUAAUAUAUUUUUUAUUUGUGGUGUUGUUGAUCAUGUUGUGAGGGGGAGCGAGCUGUUUAACGUGCAGUUCAACAACUCUGAAUUUCGCCAAAGGUACACUACUCAGAUAUUCAGCUACUGAAUGGCAGCAUGCACACACGGACGGAAAGGGCGCUGCUGCUGCUGCUGCUGCUGCUGCUGCUGCUGCUGAUGUCAUAACCAGCUUCCUGACAUCCUGCUGGGUUCGGAGGAGUUUUUUUUUUUUUUUAGUGAAGAGAGGUCACUACUCGUAGCAGCUGAAUGUCACUUUGAGCGCGAUGCUAAACGGUGUGAGAGAGGAGAAAUCUUAUAUACCGAAAGUGCUGCUUCCUCAUCCAGUAAUCGGUCAUCUGUAAUGGGAAAUGCUGGACUUGGUGUUUGUGCUCCACUUAAAAACUGACCCUCCUUUAAACUGUCGUUGCCUCUCGUAGAAAUGUUUCAUUCAGGGGGCUUUUUUUUUUUUUUUCUCUCGUUUGUUUUUCUCGACCUGAGAGGUACAGUGUUUCCGAUUCCACACGUGCAUGGGGAGCGAAGAAAACAAGGACGACAUGCGUCUUUACAGGAUUCAGUCAUGGGGAGGGAUGUUGUGCUGAGUCAUCUUUUUCUGUUGUUUCUCUGUCAUCUCAAAUGGCUGUUGUGCUUGUUUGCAUUUUGGUUUAUUUUUCUUUCUUCGUGGUCUCUUCACCUCCUCUCAUCACCUUUUCCACCUCUUGCCCCCCUAAAACAUGAGGCAAUAGCAUUUCUUUCUCAAAUGUCUUACAGGUUGGCAUUUAUGUUUUUAAGUGAGCAGUCUGACUAUUUAAUUUUUUUGUUUGUUUUGAAUUUAACAGAAGUGUCACAUUACAAUGUUCUUUUUUUUUUAAAGCAUGAUAAUAACCCUCCAAUUCCAAACAAUGUAAUAAAGUCAAUAAAAAAAACUCCAGUGUUCACAAUUUUAGUUUUCAUUAAAAUGUCAAAUUUUCAUGAA